UGGCCUCCCCCUCCCGGGCAGCCUGACUAACCAGCUGGUCCAGGCCCGAGGUCCGGGGAGGGGCGGGGGCAGCCAGAGCAGCCCCUGAGGCUUCAGGCGGUCAUGAGGCUCCUGGGAAGCUGGCCUGGCCUGUGGCUACUGAUCCUGGCGGGACUGAGCUGGGUGCUACUGUGUCUCAGCCUGGAGCAGAUCCCCUACACGCCGCAGAUGACCGCCUGGGACUUGGAAGGGAAGGUCACGGCCACCACGUUCUCGCUGGAGCAGCCGCGCUGCGUCUUCGACCGGCACGCCGGAGUGGCCGGCACCGUCUGGCUCGUGGUGGCCCUCAGCAAUGCCUCCAGGGACUUCCGGAACCCACAGACACAGGCUGAGAUCCCGGCCUCCCCACAGCUGCACACCCACGGCCACUACAUGACGUUGCCCCUGUCGCUGGCCCAGCUGCCCUGUGAGGACCCCCCGGGGGGCGGUGGCCCUGUCGCCCUGCUGCGGGUGGGGAAUGACUUCGGCUGUCGGCAGCGGCUGUACUGCAAGCCCGCUCCCCGGCCGGGGCCCUACAGAGUGAAGUUCCUCUUGAUGGACGCCGGUGGCUCCCCGGUGGCCGAGACCAGGUGGUCGGACCCCAUCACUCUGCGCCAAGGGCAGGCCCCGGGCACCAUCGACACGUGGCCGGGACGGCGCAGCGGUGGCAUGAUCGUCAUCACCUCCAUUCUUUGCACCCUGGCCGGCCUCCUGCUGCUGGCCUUCCUGGCUGCCUCCACCGUGCGCUUCUCCAGCCUGUGGUGGCCGGGCGAGACCCCUGAGCAGCUGCGGAUUGGCUCCUUCAGACAGACGCGCUACGCGACCCAUCACAUCCCGCCCAGCGAGGCUGCCACUCUGCCCGUGGGCUGUGAGCCGGGCCCGGACCCCCUCCCCAGCCUCAGCCCCUGAG